AUAGAGAAAGCAGUGUGUGUGCAUGUGUGUGAGAGAGAGGGAGAGGAGCGAGAGGGAGAGGGAGAAGCAGGAGGGAGAGAAAGGGAGGGAAGACGAAAGCCAAGUCCGAGGGAAUGAGCGAGGGAGGCGAGAGCUAGGAGAAGCAGCCUGAGAAAGAAGGAAUAACAGCUUUCCGGAGCAGGCGUGCAGUGAGCUGGCUUCUAUUUUAUUUUUCUUCUCCUUUUUAUUUUUUUAAAGAGAAGGAGGGAACAGAAGCAAUGGCUGAGGGAGAAGACAAGCCGAGGUGCUGGUGACCCUGGGCGUCCAAGUGGAUUACUGGGGCUGCUUUCCAGGGGCCUGUCCUCACUGCCUUCCAAUUGCACACAACCCCACAUCCCAGCCAGUGAAGACAAGAGGCAGCGUGAGCAAAGUCAGUUAGAAAGCCCCGAGGACGUGCACCCUAAGAGAAAGCAUGAAUGGUGUGCCCGGGAGACAAGUGUGUCCUCCGCUGCCCUCACCUUUAGCCGGGCCAUCAGCAGCCCAGCCCUGCCUCUCCCCACCUACUCACUGGUGAUCUGACUUUUUUUUUUUUUUUUAACAUUUUUUUCUUUUCUUUUUCAUUCUCUUUCCUUAUUUUUCUUCGGGACAAGGCAAAUAUUUUGAUUUUGGGACCCAAGCCAUGGUCCUUCUGCUCCUUCCUUAAAAAAACCCUACUUUCUCUCCAUCGCCAAGCAGCCUUUGGCAAUAUCAGAUAUCCGCUCUAUUUAUUUUUACCUAAGGAAAAACUCCAGCUCCCUUCUUACUCCCAGCUGCCUUGCUACCCCUCCCAGCCCUCUGCUUGCCCUCCACCUGGCUUGCUGGAAGUCCGAGCCCAGCAGAACCUGUUUAGACACAUGGAGAAGAAACCAAGAGCUGUAAGGCACACAGUCGGCUUCUUCGUGCUCAGGGUUGCCAGCGCUUCCUGGAAGUCCUGAAGCUCUCGCAGUGCAGUGAGUUCAUGCACCUUCUUGCCAAGCCUCAGUCUUCGGGAUCUAGGGAGGCCGCCUUGUUUUCCUCCCUCCUUCUGCACGCCUGCUGGGGUCUCCUCCUCACCAGGCCUCACAGCCGCCCUGGCCUCUCUCCCCGGCUCGCACAUGAAGAUGCACUCGCAAAGGGCUCUGGUGGUCCUGGCCCUGCUGAACUUUGCCACUGUCAGCCUUUCUCUGUCCACUUGCACCACCUUGGACUUCAGCCACAUCAGGAAGAAGAGAGUGGAAGCCAUUAGGGGACAGAUCUUGAGCAAACUCCGGCUCACGAGUCCCCCAGAGCCAUCGGUGAUGACCCACGUCCCCUACCAGAUCCUGGCCCUGUACAACAGCACCAGGGAUCUGCUGGAGGAGAGGGAGGACGGCUGCGCUCAGGAAAACACCGAGUGGGAGUACUAUGCCAAAGAAAUCCAUAAAUUCGACAUGAUCCCAGGGCUGGCGGAACACAAUGAGUUGGCUGUCUGCCCCAAAGGAAUCACCUCGAAGGUUUUCCACUUCAAUGUGUCUUCAGUGGAGAAAAAUGGAACCAACCUGUUCCGAGCAGAAUUCCGGGUCUUGAGGGUGCCCAACCCCAGCUCCAAGCGCAAUGAGCAGAGGAUCGAGCUCUUCCAGAUACUCCGGAAAGAUGAGCACAUCGCCAAACAACGCUAUAUCGGUGGCAAGAACCUGCCCACGCGGGGCACCGCCGAGUGGCUGUCUUUCGACGUCACUAACACUGUGCGUGAAUGGCUCUCUCGAAGAGAGUCCAACUUAGGUCUGGAAAUCAGCAUUCACUGUCCGUGUCACACCUUUCAGCCCAAUGGAGACAUCCUGGAAAACGUCCACGAGGUGUUGGAAAUCAAGUUCAAAGGUGUGGACAGUGAGGACGAUCACGGCCGUGGAGACCUGGGACGCCUCAAGAAGCAGAAGGACAACCACAACCCGCAUCUAAUCCUCAUGAUGAUCCCCCCACACCGGCUGGACAGCCCUGGCCAGGGCGGUCAGAGGAAGAAGCGAGCCCUGGACACCAAUUACUGCUUUAGCAAUGUGGAAGAGAACUGCUGUGUGCGCCCUCUCUACAUCGACUUCCGCCAGGAUCUGGGCUGGAAAUGGGUCCACGAACCUAAGGGCUACUACGCCAACUUCUGCUCAGGCCCUUGCCCAUACCUCCUCAGUUCAGACACAACCCACAGCAAGGUGCUGGGCAUGUACACCACCUUGAACCCCGAAGCCUCGGCCGCGCCCUGCUGCGUGCCCCAGGACAUGGAGCCCUUGACCAUCCUGUACUACGUCGGGAGGACCGCCAAGGUGGAGCAUCUCUCUAACAUGGUGGUGAAGUCCUGCAAGUGCAGCUGAGGCCCCGCCGGCAGCCGAGGGAGCAGAGAGAGAACUGCCACGGCCGGCCGGCCUGCCUGCUCCUUGGGAAACACAAAAGCAACAGACCUCACCUGGAGGCCCAGAGCCCACAACCUGCGGCGUCGGGCAAAUGGCCGAGACGGGGGCUCCCUUCCGGACAUUUCUUUCUUGUUGGCUCUGAGAAUCACUGUGGUAAAGGAAGUGUGGGUCUGGUUAGGGGAAGGCCGAACUCUUCAGAACACACAGCUGUUUCUGUGAUGUAGGCAGGUGGUGGGGACAGAGGAAGAGGGGAUGGCAAGUUGACAAGUGGUGUGGCAAUGGGGUUGGGGAGACAGGGAGGAGGAAAGGCAGAGAGUGGCCGGGACAGGGCCAGACCGGAAGACACGUCUGACCGAGGUUAGAUUUGCUCAUCGCUGCCCCAUGUCGGCUCUAGGGAAUCUGGAUCACGUUAUACACGGCAAGCAUUUUUCUUCAGACCGGUUACCAAAACAUGGUCCCAGUGUUGUCUCUCAUUCGACCUGGGAUGAAGGACGAAUCUGUUAGUUUUGCAAACCGUCCUCUGGACAUCAAUCAGCAUCAAGGGUCAUAAAAGGGAAAACGGCCAGGUAAUGUAGUUCCCGGGCCAUCAACUCCACGGGGCCCUCUGGGUACAUUGAACUUAGAAGCAGAAGGUGCGAAGUAACCCUUCUCCUGUCUUCCCUCUGGGUCCCUCCUCUCGCCUUCUUCUUCGGUGGUAUUUCCCCUUGGACAUUUGGCUAGACACUUUCCAGGUCAGGGUACACAUAUCUGAAUUUGGGGUGUGCGCAGCCUUUGGGGUAUCAUGGGCUUCCCUCUCCCCUAAGACCCUCUGUUCAUCUGGUGUUCCUGGAAGCAGGUGCUACGUGUGGGGCACACGGGGAAGUCACACGUGUGCCACACAAUGACUCGGCCCCAGACACGUAGACUGAGGUAUAAAGACAAAUACAAAUAUUAAUCUCGAAAUCUUUGUAUAAAUAAAUAUUUUUGGGGAAUCUUGGAUCAUUUCAUCUUCUGGAAGAUUGUUUUUAGAACAGUAAAAUCCUUAUUCUAAGGUGUAAGUCUGACUCGAUAAAUGUCCUUAGUUACCAUUUUCUUAAUUUCCUGUCCAUACCUGCUAAUCAGAGGUACCGGGAAUCUGGGGCAGAGAAUCGCAAAUGCUGAUCGAAUACAUUGAUUAGCAUGAUCAGCCUGGACGUGGCUUAUGGCGCUGCCUCCCGCCGUCUGAGAAGACUGCACUCUUGUGUUCCGUUUUCUUCAGUGUGUAUUAUUCUCAGACACACAGAGGAAGUGGCUCAGAUUUGCAGAAAGUACACUGUAUGAAUCUGACCUCCAUUUAACUGUGGGCAAAAGCACUUGGGGUGGACCGUGCAUAAGGAAAUGUGUUCAUUUGUACAUUCAUUGUACGUGACCAACAUCAUCCGUUUUGAAAAUCUCAUCUCGCCCCUAAACGGUUUGGCUCAGUGAAUAGAGCGUCGGCCUUCGGACUCAAGGGUCCCAGGUUCGAUUCCAAUCAAGGGCAUAUACCCAGUAGGGAGUGUGCUGGAGGCAGCUGAUCAAUG